AUGCUGAGUGGUGACACAGCCACGAUUCGACUCGAUGAUGGGAAUGUGGUCGAAGUGCCAGUUGAGUACGUGGAGAUUGCUCAAGAAGUGGCACAAGCAGGAGGUUCACCACCUGAACCAGAACCAAGUCCAGGUGAUGAGGACGAGGACAUGGAGAGCACGACAACUCCUGAAGCUCCAGCAGGACCCCCAGAUGCUUGGCAACCUGAGCCAAUUGAGAUCCCUGAACAGAAGUUCAACUUUUUCAACAGGCCCUAUAACAGGGCAGAUCUAAAGGCCAGACAAGAGUUGGCCAAAGUAGAAGCCACAUGGUACCACGCCAUGAGGGCAAAUGACCAGGAUUUGGCCGGAAAGAUGUACAGGGUGAUGGAGGAAUGCUUUUCCUUUAUGGAUCCUCAUCCUGAUGAGACGGCUGAGAAAGCGUUGCCCGAGAAGAACAACCCCGUUUGGGCGUUGGUUAAAUCCUUCGGGCAGAAGUUGAAGAAGGAGCAGUCUGAAGGUUGGGAAGCCUUGGACAAGAAGAACGAGCUUCGAUUCCUCCGCGACACCGCCUUCCCCUUGGGUCCAACCACACAGGCCGUGGGCCGCAUGAACAGCACGAUGACCAGCGUCAUGACGAUGCGUUCCAUGGCCACU